AUGCAGUUCUUCACGAUCGCUACUCUGUUCGCGGCUAUGGCCAUCGCUACCCCCAUCGCCGAGACUGGCAAGGAAUGCAAGGACUACAAGGGCUACGGCAGCGACUACAACAAGGGCUACGAUGUCGACUACAACAAGGGCUACGGCGACGACUACAACAAGGGCUACGAUGUCGACCGCAAGGACGACAGCGGUGAUGGCUAUGCCGCCCCCCACUACAAGCGAGGUGGCCCGGACUUCUUCAACGACUGGGACGACUGCUACAACUACUACUUUGACGAAGACUACUGCAACGACUACUUUGGCGGUGGAUUCGGUGGUCGCGGAUUUGGUGGUAGAUUUGGCGGCCGUCGCGGUCGUGGAUUUGGCGGCCAUCGCCGUGGCGGUGGCAACCACCAUAUCGGUGGCGGUGGCAACCACCAUAUCGGUGGCGGUGGCAACCACCAUAUCGGUGGCGGUGGCAAGCACCACUAG